AUGUCCGGCCAAAUCACCAUUUACUCGCCCUGGUACGAUAAUGAGAGGAAACUCAAGGACCCGAAACCUCGCCUGGAGUGGGACGAAGUCUCAGAGUGGGAGGAGGCAAAUCUCUGCAACAAGAUAACCAUCUUCGACUUGCCCCUCGAGUGCCCCUUUCCUCUCACCAACAGACGAAAUGCUUGCGCCUUGAUCGAAAAUUUCAUAGACAUCGUCAGUUACCACAGGGAACUAUUUCCCUACUGGAACAGGCGCGCCAUCAAGUACUUUAUCUGGCGUGAGAUGUUCGUCAUCAGGAACAACGACGAGUGGAAAGAUUACAGGAACCACCCCCUUUACAAGCACCGUGACGUGUUCUGGCGUUUAGCGAAAAAGCAAUUCAGGGAUGCAAUGGGGCUUGGAACCGCUUUGUUGUUUAUCCUCCACGGACUCUACACCAACGACUGGGAACUCGAGUUCCUCUUGAAGGGACAACAGAAACUCAUCGAUACAUACAACAUGUGCAAUGCCAAUAUGACGCUGUGGAACAGGGACAAAAUGCUCGACAUUCUGUUCACUGAGUGUGAAUGGCUAAAGGACACGCUCCUCGAAGCGCACAUGAAGGAGAAGAAAGAGAUGGAUGAAGAGUGGGAGCACAGACAAACAAAGACACUCGAAGAAAUGGAGGUUUUUAUCGAGGAGUUACCAGAGCCUAUGGACGAGGACGAAGAAGAAGAAGAAGAAGAAGAAGAAGAAGAAGAUGAUGAUGAUGACAAUGCUCAAGGGAACGCUCAGAACAACGCUCAAGGUAUCAACCAAGGUCUCGAGGUAUCAGACAAUGUUGUCACGAGGGCCGAUUUAAACCAACGGGACGGCCAAACUUUCGCCCAAGAGCUCGAGAAAGAAAACCAAAAGAUAGAAAAGGAUCUACAGGAAUGGUACGCUCAAUGUUACGCCCAUGGUCUCAAUGAAAGUCUCGUACAAAGCAUGGCUCAAAUACGCAAACUUAACCUGGAGGACGCUCAGUGGGUGGCUGGGCUUCACGCUAAACGUCUCGCUCAACGUCACUUUCAGGAUAACAACGAAAGAGAAGCUCGAAUUCUUGUUCAAAAGAGAUUCCAACAACGUAGUCAACGUCAGGCUCAAAUUCACGAUCAAAUCCGAGCUCAACGUCACGCUCAGGGUCGCCCUCGGGGUCGCCUUCUUCGCCCUCAGGAUGAAACUCUGGGUAUUGAUCGAAAUAACACUCAACGUAUUGUUCAAUAUUUCGAUCGGGAAACCCUCCAAAAUACAAUUCGGAAUCUCCCCCCGGGAAACACUGAAGAUAGCGUUCAAGCUUUCAUGAGAGGCGUCUAUCAAGAGCUUGUCCAAGGCAUGGCACGAAACAGGGCUCAUUAUGUGCGCACUCAACGCCGCGCUCAUCGCACCGUACAGAGGGCCGUUCGAGAGACCACAAAAAACACCGCCAAGGAGAACGGUCAAGAGGGAACCCAGAAAAGCCUCCAAGAUUUCACUGCAACGGCGCCUCGUAGUCAACGAACAGACUCGCAGGCUCCUGUAAAGCCAGUCAGUACUGCCGUUCCACCUUUAGGCCCACAUCCUACUCUUCCAUCGAGGCCAGUCGACGAUGAUGAGGAUAUCUAUGGUUAUAGUGGCGACGAGGCUGGCAAUAUCAAAAAGGAAUAG